AUGAAACUACCCCCUUCUUCGUUACCAAAUUCGGCUCGUACCCACUCGUCCUCGGAAUCCCCUGGCUUCAAUUGCACGACGCAACAUUACGGUUUAGGGACAACAGCAUACUGUUCGACUCCGAAUACUGCAAACGCAAAUGCAACUCUUCCCCGAUACCCGUUCCCAUUAGAGGGGUUGCACCACCGCCCCGUUUUCACCUCUACAACUAUUGAGGAAAUAGAUCAAGCAACGGGCAAGGCCCCUAAGCAAGACUGGAGGAACCGGGUCCCAACCCGGUAUAAGAAAUUUUAUAAAAUGAUGGACGAAGAAUUCGCUAACGAGAUGCCGCCUCGCCGCCCCUAUGAUCAUAAGAUACCGCUCAAGGAAGGGAAAGAGCCCCCUUUUGGGCCACUUUAUGGUAUGUCCCGCGAGGAACUCAUCGUGCUGAAACAAUACAUACAGGAAAACCUUCAAAAGGGGUUCAUUCAGGCCAGCUCUUCGCCUGCCGGUGCCCCUGUCCUAUUUGUUAAAAAGGCCGAUGGAACACUCCGCCUUUGUGUCGACUAUCGUGGCCUCAACGAACUUACUGUCAAAAACCGCUACCCGCUACCACUCAUCCGGGAAACUCUCGACCGCCUUUCCAAAGCCAAGUGGUACACCAAGCUUGACCUUCGUCAAGGGUACAAUCAGAUCCGAAUGGCUGAGGGUGAAGAAUGGAAAACAGCCUUCCGAACGCGUUACGGACAUUUCGAAUACACCGUAAUGCCCUUCGGCCUUACCAAUGCACCAGCCACCUUUCAACAUUUCAUUAAUGAUUGCGUCCGUGAUUACCUUGAUAUGUUCUGCACAGCCUACCUUGACGAUAUCCUUAUUUACAGCGACACCUUCGAGGAACAUCAAGUACACGUCGAAAAGGUCCUGGAAGCCCUACAAAGAAAUGGAGUACUGCUGAGACCGGAGAAAUGCGAAUUUCAUACACAAAGUACCACCUAUUUCGGCCUGAUUAUCGAACCCAAUGGUAUCAAAAUGGACCCAAGGAAAGUGGAGACGGUGAAGAAUUGGACCGUCCCCAAAACAGUUAAGGAUGUACAAGCAUUCCUAGGUUUUGCUAACUUUUACCGCCGAUUCAUACGCGAAUUCUCGGAACUGGCUUCUCCUCUUACCAGGCUGACACGUAAGGACAUAUCAUUUGGAUGGACAUCCGAAGCCCAAACCGCCUUCAACGCCCUGAAAGAAGCCUUUACCACGGCGCCCAUUCUUACUCAUUUCGACCCGGAGAAGGAAAUUACUGUGGAAACCGACGCAUCUGACUAUGUCUCUGCCGGUGUACUCUCCCAAUACGAUGACGAUGACAAGGAAUUACUGGCAAUCAUUCGGUCUUUUGAGGAGUGGCGACCGGAACUUGAAGGGGCUGCACACCCAAUCGCCGUCAUAUCCGAUCAUAAGAAUCUCGAAUACUUUAUGAGUACCAAACAACUCAACCGGAGACAAGCACGGUGGGCAGAAUACCUGUCACGGUUUAAUUUUGUUAUCAAAUACCGACCAGGGAAACAAGGAGGGAAACCGGACGCGUUGACAAGAAGAUCAGGAGAUCUCCCCGGAGAGGGGGAUGAAAGACAAUUGCAUCAGAGUCAAGUUGUGUUGAAGAAGGAGAAUCUCGAUGCAAAGCUAAGUUUGUUGGCGGGUUCUUUCUCAAAUGAGCCCGCUGAAAAGAACGCCUCACUGCAGGAAUUAUUCGAUGAAGGAUAUAGCGCUGACCCGUUUCCCCAAAAGAUACUGGAUAUGCGGAAUAAAGGCGACCGACAAUCAAAGGACAUAUCACUUGCCGAAUGCGCCGAGGUUGAAGGCCGAUUGCUUUACCGAGACAGCAUAUAUGUCCCUGAUUACGACCCUCUUAAGCUUCGAAUCCUCCAACUUUACCAUGACGCUGCCUCUGCUGGACACCCGGGAUGCGAAAAAACAUUUGAACUCAUCAGUCGGGACUACUACUGGCCCCUCAUGCGAAAUUAUAUUGCCCACUACGUUCGGAACUGCCACACCUGUCAACGAAGCAAACCCAACACCCAUGGAAAACUCGGCGUACUUCGACCUUUACCGAUUCCCGAACAACCAUGGCAGGAGGUAUCGAUGGACUUCGUUACUGGCCUACCGGAAAGUGAAGGGUACGAUGCAAUUAUGGUAGUGGUUGACCGGCUAACAAAGAUGCGACACCUCCUGCCCUGCAAUACCACUGUCAACUCCGAAGACGUCGCCCGACUAUACCUGCGAAACAUAUGGAAGCUCCACGGGCUACCCACACACGUCACCUCCGACCGCGGUACGCAAUUUACAGCUAAGUUUUGGAAGGCUCUUUGUAAACACCUCAAUAUCGAGGCAAGGAUGUCCACCGCCUUCCAUCCGGAGACCGACGGCCAAACCGAAAGGCUGAAUGCUGUGAUGGAGCAAUAUCUACGUGGGUAUGUCUCUUAUCAACAGGACGAUUGGGUAAAAUGGCUUCCUAUGGCAGAAUUCUCCGUCAACAAUCAGGUCUCCGCAUCCACUAAAGCUACACCAUUCUUCGCGAACUAUGGGUUCCACCCCCGGUUUACAGUGACGAUCAAAUCGCUUGACAGGACCCCACCGAGUCUCAAUACGAAGGACUUCGCCUCGAAGAUGAGAGAACUCCAUGAGCACCUACGUUCCAAUAUCCGCACAGCGCAGGAUCAACAAGAGCAGGCCGUCAAUACUAAACGAACGCCGGCCCCGUGGUACGAUGUCGGCGAUAUGGUGUUUGUUUCAGCAAAAAACAUCCGAACCACGCGUAACUCCCGGAAGCUGGACUGGAAGAAACUGGGACCGUUCCCCGUUAAGGAAAUUAUAUCGCCAUAUGCGUACCGAGUCGACCUGCCUAGAAGUAUGAAGGUGCACCCCGUCUUCCAUGUAUCAUUGUUGGACCCCGCUGCGAAUGAUCCUGUUCUAGGGCAAAUUCAACCACCACCCCCGCCCAUUAUCGUCGAACAAGAGGAGGAGUAUGCAGUUGAGGAAAUCUUGGACUCGCGAGAAUUACGGAACACUGGCCUGCAAUACUUUGUUAAAUGGACGGGCUAUACCGACCCUACCUCGGAACCCGCCGCAUACCACGAUAAUACCGCCGCCGUUGAUAUCUUCCAUAUACGCUACCCCGACAAACCUGGACCAUUGGAAGGAAAGAGUAAGAUCAAGGCUCGCAGGAGCUCGCGCUUGAAGGGAGGGGCUACUUUCAUGGAUCAACUAGUGGAGGUACGGGGUUAUGAAGAGUCGGAUUAG